UCCACAAGAGGGCAGUAAUUUUCAAAUUAUUAGCUAGUGAUUCGAAUUUAGUGGUGAACAGAAUAAACAAUUUCAGUAUAGGCGAGCUUUAUAAAAUAAUUUUGGAUUCACAGCAAACCACAGUUUCAAAGAAACAAGAUAAAAAUAAAAUAAAAAGUUUCUUAUGGAAAUCAAGCAUACAAUAGUUGCAGAAAUAAUUAGCAAUUGAUGAUUUUUUUUGCUGUCAAGGAGGAGUUAACCUAUUUCGUUGAAAGUUACAAAUUUUAUUUGAAGUAUUCUCACAGAAAUUACACGUUAUCAAAGAAUAAUUUUAAUCACUGCGAACGAGAAUAAAUCAUAAAUAUGUUGAAGUUUUCGAGAUUAUUAGUAAAUCAUGUAAAAGCACUGGCAACGCCUGCUCUGCUGAAUAAAGCAGAUCAUUUGUCACAACAAACACGGAAUACCUUUAUUCUCAAAAGAAGAAAUCCAGUUCCACUUUACAAAAAGAACUCCAAACCUCAUCGCUUAAGAUCAAGACAUUUUAUCUAUGAUCUUGUUGAAGAUACAAAUGUAAAAAGAAAAAAGCCACUUGAUUUGAUUUUAACGGAAUAUGUAUCGGGAAUUGGCAAUGUAGGCACUCGAAUAUCAAUGCAUCCAGAAGAAGCAUAUACAAAAUUUUUAUUACCAAAACGGGCAGUCUAUGCCACGCCUGAGAACAUUGAAAAAUAUACUAAAUUAGCAACUGAUCAAGGAGAUGAUACGCUGUUUAGUUCUGUCUCGGUAGAGAAAACAAUAAAGUAUCUGUCGCGAAAGCGGAUUUCCAUUGUGAUGUCAAAAGAUGUACCAUGGACAUUGGAGAAAUGGCAUGUAAAAGCAAGUUUCCGCAAAGCUGGUAUUCAUGUACCUGAAGAUGCUAUAACAAUGCCCGAGAAAACGAUAUCUGGGCCAAACAUGGAUUUCGAAGGAAAACAAUUUUAUGUGACUCUCACAAUCAAUAAUCGCGAACAAGUGAAGGUGAGAUGUUGUCUGCAUCAUUGGACACCGGAUAAGAGCGCACAGGUUUAUGUCAAGGAAUUCUGGAAACUGCCAAGCGAGCCAAUAUUUCCCGAGGAUAAGCCGAUAUUAGACUCGAUGCCUCCCUCCUGGAUAGAAACGCAGAAGACUGUGUGAUAUCUGUAGUAUAUUAUAUUAUAAAUAAAUGUUUUUAAACAGAAA